UAUGGAACUCCUGGGCUUGAGUGAUCCUCCAGCCUCGACCUCCCAAAGUGCUGGGAUUACAAGUGUGAAGAAUGUUUUUAACUGCUAGUAUAAGACAAGUGAUGAUUUUAUUUCCCUGAGUACCGCUGUUUUCAUCACCCUUUGAUUUGCCUCUGUAAUCAAAUAAAUGGAGUGAGUAUGGUGGUAGCAGAAAACAAUGCCAACGAAGAGUAGGAAUGUUGAAAGAGUCGGAGUGGGAAUAGAACAGGGUGCCAAGCUGUUGCCAAAGCUAAAGAAGGUGAUCAGUUAAUGUAGAACAGAACUUUGAAAGCAGCCCACAGUAUCCAAUUCCAGUGAGUUUUGUGAGAAGCCUGUCAAGUUAUUGACGAAAAUGCCUUAAGUUGCAGGGGGACACUCUGCAACCUGAUUUCUCAUCGCAUCCCUGACUUUGCACAGGGCAGUCAUGCAGGGCCCAGGCCUGCCUCUCCAUCAGGGCCUGUUUCUGUAUUCCUCCCCACCCUUGCCAUUCUGCCGCCUUCUCCCUGCAAUGUACAAGCCAUUUCCUCCCUUCAUGAAAUUGUUCCUGAAUUCUAUACUCUCUCCAGUUCUCAGCCUUUUCUCAAAUCCCACUGCCUUUAUUUAACCACACCAUUUAGCAUUUAAUUUAAAAUACGAUUACAUCUCUCCCUGUUGUUUCUAUUAAUUUUGUUUCUUCAAAGAGAUUAUAAACUUUCUAAGGGCCAGAAUUUAGAAAUGGUGUUAAAAGACAAGUGUUUAACAAGUGCUGCAGUAUUCAAAUACCAGUCAGUUUAUUAUUGUUCAUUAACUAACAGAAUACUCAUGAUUUUUUUCUUUCUUUUAUUUUUUUUCCUUUUUGGUUUAGAAGCUUUCUUUAUUCCUGAUAGUUCUAUUCUAAGAACAUACAGCAAAACAAGAUAAUUUUUGGCUAUAGUGAGUAUUUGUGAUUUGGGGAGAAUAUACUCAAUAAAUGUUUUUAUAUAAUUUUUGAUAUACUGUAAUUUACUAAUCUGUUGUUAGUCUACUUAGAUUUUUAAAAAAAUUUUUUUACUUUGAUGGAUAACACUUCAGUGAGUACUUUUGUUUAGAGGUAUAGUAUGCUUUGUUUAAAUUAUUUUCUUAUAUACUCCCUAGAAGUGGGAUUAUUGGGUCAAAAGUUAUGGACUUCUUUAUGGCUCCUCCUACAGACAAAGCCAAGUUGUUUGCAGUGAUUUACAAUGUUAACCACAGCUUAUGAGUACAUUGAUUCGCUAAUUGUUCUCAUUAUUGCAAUCUGAAGCUCUUUGCCUGUCUUUCAUAUAUUCUCCCUUUCCUACAGCCAGAGACUAGCCACAUAAUUUUUUUCAUUAGUGUGUGAUGAGCAUUACUUGGCGCCGGUCAAGCCCACUGUAAUUGGAAGGUUCUUUUUCAUUGCUUAUCUCAAGGUGUAAAAAAUCUCAUUGGUUAAAUACAGAAGUGAAAUAAUCUGUUAGCUGCCAAGAGGAGAAGAACCCCAUUCCUUUUAGAUCACAAGAUGUGGCAAACAACAGAAUAGACAGAAUAAAUUAUAUGACCACUACCUAUUGCCAAAUAUCAAUGCUUUCCAUGAUACGAAGCCAGCUAUGUUUGUUGGUAUGUAUGUUAUAUUAUACUGCCUGUUGCUAUACAGUAUUCCCAAAUUUAACCUUUCCAUUGAUUUCAAUAACUAGCCUGCAUCUUGAGUGACAAUACACAACCACUUAUAUUUGUAUAGUGUAAUCAUUUUAGACUCAGACACAGUUUUUAUUAGAUUGUAUUUGGUCAUUAACUUAAUGGUUUUUCCUCUUAACAGAUUUAUAAAAUAUGCCUGAAAUUAAAGUUAUUUUUGCUAAAAUCACUAUGAUUAUACAGUUAACUGAUCAAUUUUCAAAUUAUUUAUCAACCAUGCUUUCCAGUUAUUUUGUUUGCAAAAAAAGUAUUUUUUUCACUACUCUAUUACAAAUGGACACAGUACAAUAAAAGCACAUUCAGCAUCAUUCUGGAAAAACAUAUUGUAGUCUUUAAUAAGACAGGACUGUUCACCCACACAUUAAUAUUCAAGACGAGAUAGUCCUUUGUUGCUGAAAAUUAUUGUAAUGAAUUAAUUGUCCAAUAUGCAUUGUUUGCCUUAAAUGAAUUUAUGCUUUAUUCCCAUAAAUCACUUGCUGUGUGUACUGCUCUUAAAGAGUGGUAGUGUCUGAAUAGCAACCCAACCACCUAAAUUUUUCAGUUCAGUUUUUUUCCCCCUCACCUUCCUAGAGGUCUUUUCUGUUUAUGAUGAAUAUUCAUCAUAGUGAAUAUUCUCCUGUGUUUGUAAAUGGAGAGAAACUUUAAAACUUAGAGCAAUUUGUUUUCAAGUAAAGUAAACAUUGAUGCUGGCAUAGCCAGUGGUAAACAUUCAGUGAAUUAAUGAAUGAAUGCAUCAAGCAGUCAGUUAGCUUCUUGUUUAGAUGGGCUGUCUUAGGAAUUAUUCAGUUACAAGUGGCAGAAUUAGCUUAAUAGAAAAGAUAAUUUAGUGGCUCACUACACAGGAAUUCCUAUGGAUGGUUUCUGGCUUCAGAUGCAGCUAGACACAGCAGUUCAAAUGAUGUAAUCAGGAUUCUUUCUGAGCUUCUCUUUCCUCUGUGGUGGUGUCCUUCUCGGGAAAGUUCUUACCAUGUGGUAUCAAAGAUGAUUGCCAGCAGCUCCAGGCUUAUGUCAUUUUCACAAAUAGCAAUCCAAAGAGAGGAGCAGCCCUCUCUAUACCAGCAUUUCUAUAACAAAUUUCAUGGAGGAAUUCUAGUUUUCCUUAGGUUUUAUGUUCAUCCUUUAGACCAAGUACUGUGACUGGAGAAUGGGGCAGUCUGUUUGGCCAGCCCUUGGUCUCAACCCUACCCUAUAUCACCUGUCUGCCCUCCAGGACAGAGAACACACUGUGAUUAGUAGUCCUACUGGAAACAUCUGGGAUGGGAGAAGAUGGUGCCAAGCACAUUAAAACAGAGAUCCUCUACCUUCUAUCUUUUGGUCAGCCAGUACAUAUUUGAACCCAUGCACCCAUACAUACUCUUUCCAUACAUAACAUUUCAAAGGGGUAACUACCUAAUAUAAUGCUACUGUCCCGUUUACAACCAACAAUAUACUUAACUGGCCCACCCCAAAGUGUAGACCUCCCAAAGUUUAGCCCAGUUGCUACAUCUGGCUCUAAGGUCUGGAUCUCUAUAUGUAAGGUCUGGAUCUCUAUGUGAUACGUAUUAUUGUUGAUCAGCUGUAGAUAGUCUUUCUCAUGAGCUAGCAACUCAUGACUGUUAUAUUAAUGAACAACCUCUCCUACCCAAAUAAUCUGGUAUCUAAUACUUUAUAGCCAUUACCUCAUUUAAUCUUUCCAAAAAUCUUAGAAGGCCAAUAUUACAGAUUUUACAGAUGAAGAAUCAGGCUCAGAGGUUAGGUAACUUGCCUGAGGUCAUAUAGCUAGUAUUGUGGAAUUGAGAUUAGGAUCCACAGACUAGGGCAGUGAAGUCCCUCUUCCUAAUCAGUAUUCUAUCCAUAUUGUGUCUAAACAUCUGAGGCUCCACUGUGUCAAAGAUGAUCAUAGCCUUUUCACAGUGCCUCAUUUGCCCAUCAGAGCAAUGGUUGGAAGGUGGGGGAGAGAGAGAGUAACAAAUAGUCUGAUGUUCUUUACAGAGCAUUUGGCUCCAGAUGGUUGAUAGAUGGCAAUUACUCUCUUUUUAGGUAAAACAGAAACUGCAAAACAGGUCACUGAAGCAGAGAAUGUUCAGUUUUCUUCUCAAAGGAGAAAUCCUAGAAUUGAGAAUCUUCUUUGCCUCUAUUAAAUAUGAUACUAUAUUAGCUAUGAAACCUACGUAGCUGAACACAUACUUCUCCUGUAGGGUAUGUGAUGAGGAGGAGAGUUUGGCUUUGGAGUGCUGGGAACCUGAGGAAUCGCAGAGAACUCAGAGCCCAGCCCUGACUACCGGAGAGCCCACAACACAAUGAACAAACUGAACUUCCAUAACAACAGAGUCAUGCAAGACCGCCGGAGUGUGUGCAUCUUCCUUCCCAAUGAUGAAUCUCUGAACAUCAUCAUAAAUGUUAAAAUCCUUUGUCACCAGUUGCUGGUCCAGGUUUGUGACCUGCUCAGGCUAAAGGACUGUCACCUCUUUGGACUCAGUGUUAUACAAAAUAAUGAACAUGUAUAUAUGGAGUUGUCUCAAAAGCUUUAUAAAUAUUGCCCAAAAGAAUGGAAGAAAGAGGCCAGCAAGGUACGACAAUACGAAGUCACUUGGGGUAUUGAUCAGUUUGGGCCUCCUAUGAUCAUCCAUUUCCGUGUGCAGUACUACGUGGAAAAUGGCAGAUUGAUCAGUGACAGAGCAGCAAGAUUCUAUUAUUACUGGCACCUGAGAAAACAAGUUCUUCAUUCUCAGUGUGUGCUCCGAGAGGAGGCCUACUUCCUGCUGGCAGCCUUCGCCCUGCAGGCUGAGCUUGGGGACUUCAAAAGGAAAAAGCACUCUGGAAAAUACUUUGAGCCGGAGGUUUAUUUCCCAUCUUGGGUUGUUUCCAAGAGGGGGAAGGACUACAUCCUGAAGCACAUUCCAAACAUGCACAAAGAUCAGUUUGCACUGACAGCUUCCGAGGCCCGUCUUAAAUAUAUCAAAGAGGCCGUCCGACUGGAUGACGUCGCCGUUCAUUACUACAGAUUGUAUAAGGAUAAAAGGGAAAUUGAAGCUUCCCUGACCCUUGGAUUGACCAUGAGAGGAAUACAGAUUUUUCAGAAUAUAGAUGAAGAGAAACAAUUACUUUAUGAUUUCCCCUGGACAAAUGUUGGAAAGUUGGUGUUUGUGGGUAAGAAAUUUGAGAUUUUGCCAGAUGGUUUGCCCUCGGCCAGGAAGCUCAUAUACUACACCGGGUGCCCCAUGCGCUCCAGACACCUCCUGCAACUUCUGAGCAACAGCCACCGCCUCUACAUGAACCUGCAGCCUCUCCUGCGCCACAUCCGAAAGCUGGAGGAAAACGAAGAGAAGAAGCAGUACCGGGAAUCUUACAUCAGCGACAACCUGGACCUCGACAUGGACCAGCUAGAAAAGCGGUCGCGGGCCAGCGGCAGCAGUGCAGGCAGCAUGAAGCACAAGCGCCUGUCCCGUCAUUCCACCGCCAGCCACAGCAGUUCCCACACCUCGGGCAUCGAGGCCGACACCAAGCCCCGGGACGCGGGGCCAGAGGACAGCUAUUCCGGCAGCGCCGUCCACCGCAAGCUGAAAACCUGCAGCUCCAUGACCAGCCACGGCAGCUCCCACACCUCAGGGGUGGAGAGCGGAGGCAAAGACCGACUGGAAGAGGACUCCCAGGACGAUGAAAUAGAGAUGUUGGUUGAUGACCCCCGGGACCUGGAGCAGAUGAAUGAAGAGUCUCUGGAAGUCAGCCCAGACAUGUGCAUCUAUAUCACAGAGGACAUGCUCGUGUCGCGGAAGCUGAAUGGACACUCUGGGUUGAUUGUGAAGGAAAUCGGUUCUUCCACCUCGAGCUCUUCAGAAACAGUUGUCAAACUUCGUGGGCAGAGUACCGAUUCUCUUCCACAGACUAUAUGCCGAAAACCAAAGACCUCCACGGAUCGACAUAGUUUGAGCCUUGAUGACAUCAGACUUUACCAGAAAGACUUCCUGCGCAUUGCAGGUCUGUGUCAGGACACCGCUCAGAGCUAUACCUUUGGAUGUGGCCACGAACUGGACGAGGAAGGCCUCUACUGCAACAGCUGCUUGGCUCAGCAGUGCGUCAACAUGCAAGAUGCCUUUCCAGUCAAAAGAACCAGCAAAUACUUUUCUCUGGAUCUUACUCACGAUGAAGUUCCGGAGUUUGUCGUAUAAAGUCCAUCCGCAUGCAGCCGUACUGGCAGCCUGCUGUUUGCUUGAGGAUGUGAAAGUCGUGGGUUCUUCAUUAUUUGUGCCAUAUUUUCUUCACUACAAACAUAGCUCUUUCUUUAUAAUAUUCGUGAUGGAAACAAAAGCCUUGAGACAAUCGCACUUUAAGUAUCACACAGAAGUGAAAGAACUACAGAAAAUGUACAGGAAGACGAGUGCCCAGAAGUUCACUGACCUUUUGGAAGGAUAUGCGCUUUACUGAUCACCAAGCCUUCAGAAUAUCGGACUGUGGUGUGUUUGCUCACUUGCUGUUUUUUAGGUCAGUUCCACGUAAUAUCACACUUUUUAUCACAUGAGAGAUGUUUUUAGGUUUGUUCGCUUGUAAAUUUUUUUUUUUUACCACUCCCUCAUAAAAAUGUUCAUGGUUGGAGGGAGGGAAGGGGGAAGGUUCUCUCUUUUAGCAGAGAGACCAUUGCCUAGUACAUAGCCAUUGCCACUUCAGUGAGGCUGUCCCAAAGUGAACACUGACAAAGUGGGCAAAAUCAUGUGGUUCUAGCAAGCCAAAGAUACGUACGUAAUGGAAGCACCUGCUCGGAGGUCCAGGAAGACAGGAAUUAAGCAAUAACCUGAAGAUUCUGCAUGCUGUGAUGCCUUGUGACUCCGACACACCUGAUCAGUGCCAUGUCCUCCUCUUUGAUCUUCCAGAAAGCUCCACGGUUCUGUUGAGUUUCUCAUCCAAGUGACAGAUCAAUUGUGUUCAUGUCAUAAUGCAUUUUGUGGAGUUUACAAAAGUGGUUUCUGUUAGAACCAUGGAAAUGUCUUAGAAAAUGUUUGUGCUUGGUGGUAUUUUGUUCAGGUUUUUUUUUUUUUUUAAAUAAUCAAGAACAAAUUAUGGUCAUGUUAGUUUCUGCUUAACCAAAAUACCCUAACUAUGUGUAUAUGUUAUACAUAUAUAAAUACAUGGGAUUGUGUGUGUUUAUAUGUGUUUAAAGCUUACUAAGUCUUCAUUUUGGCUUUGCUAGCUAUCUUGUAUACAUGGAAUUCCUUGUUUAAGAUUGAGGGUACAUUACCAAAUGAAUGAUCCCUGCAGACAAUCAGUUGCUGAAUGUAGAGUUAAGAAUGACUGUUUCCUCAUGUGCCUUUGGCCAUGAUUCUCAACCCUGAUUGCAUAACAGAAAUUUGGGGGAGCUUUUAAAAAAUAAUGUCUGGGUCUUCCCACCAGUCUCUUAUCGUGGGACCCAAGUAGAGUUGCCUUUUCUUUUAAAGUUCUCCAGAUGGAGCUAAUAUGCAACAGGGUUGAAAACCACUGAUCCAGAGGGUGUCUUUUUGUUAAUUUUGAAGUGUAAAAAGUAUACAGAAGAUGUGGUGUAUGAGAAAGGGCCACUUAUAGGACAGUUACCCGCCAUGCUGCUGUUAUGACAUUUAAUGAAACCAAGUCAGAGACUGAAUUUAUCAACCUUUUGAUGUAUAGUAAAAACAUUGCUCGCACUUCAGGAGAGAACUUCAUAGCACAAUGUCUUUCUACGAGAUGUUUUUAAUGAUUUAGUAUUUUACAACAUUUGUUUACCAUAUUUUGAUACACCAUUUUUUCUAUCUGCCAGGUUUUAUUAAAAAACUAUAUAUUAUUUUCUAAAGAAACAGUCAUAUUUUUGUACAAAAUUAUUAUGUUUUCAGGUAACAAAGAAAUAGAGUUAGGGUAAAGCAGAAACAUAAGCAGUGUUACCUGGGGAUGGGAGUCAGUAUUAUAAAACAUGGUGAACAUGCCCCACCUGUGCUGUCCCUCCUAUGCUGGGUCGCAGACGUGUAUGCAACAUGCCUUGUCAAACUAGUUUCACCUGACACUUUAAAAGGAAAAAAGUUCUAUAGUCAUGGAAUUAUUUUGCUCUUAUCAAAUGCUUUAAUAGAACCAAAGUUUUGGAUAUCAGAAUGUAUAAAAGGAUCUCAGUCUCUGUGUAAAAGGAUAAAAAUAUGAAAGGAUCAUUUAAUGGCUAUUUUACUUGUAAGUCAUUAAAUAAUCCACUUCUUAUAGAUAAUGCUUGAGAUAGACAAGUCUUAGGAAAGUUCAUACUCUAAAGAGCCCAGAUCAUAUUGCAGUGCGUUUCCUUAGCUCUUAGAGUUUCUUACAAACAUAAAGAAAAGGAAUAUUUAAGAAAGAAACAAAGAAAGAAACAUUGAAUUACUAUAAACAGGUAAUGCUUUAUACUUUCUCUCCACUUUAGCCAGAAUCAGGUCUUUAGGGUUUUGCCAGCAUUGUUGGUGGUUUUGCACACCCUCUUUCUAAUUGGAUUUAUAAAUAGUCUUGUGGGUUUUCAAAAUGAAACAUGCUAAGGAACAUUUUUGCUUUUCAAUCCACUGUUUCCAGCAGAAUUAUAUAUAUAUAUGUAAAUGAAAAUCCACUUUGAAUAAUCUACAUUUUUGUAUUUUGAAAUUGUUUUUAAAAAUAAAAAGAAAAGUAUAAAGCUGUUAUUUAUUCUGCAUUUCUUACAUAUCCAUUGCUAUUCAGUAUACCAGUUUGGUAUAUAUUGCCUCUACACAUCUACAUUUGUAUUUGCAACAAUGAGCUUUAUAUCUACGUAAACUGUAAAUAAUCCUUUCUGUGAAAGGAUCAUCAUAUCAGGAUGAUACCAAAAGUAUGUUAAAAAGAAAAAACAAAACAAGACAUUAUUUUGUAAUUAUUUCUUAUAGAUGUUUCAUGGUAAGAUUAGCAGUCAAUAAAGUUACUUUUUUUUUUGCCUU